AUGAGCAACGGUCGCCGGCGUGCAUCGAAGCCGUCAGGCUCGCCGCAGCUCUUUAGAGCGAACCCACCAAAGAAGGACGGCGGCCUCUCAGACCCGCUUUUGCUUUCUCCAGACGUGCUCGACGACGCCACACGUAGAGAGCUGCUGCAGGAUGUACUUCGCCAUCGCCGCGCGUCACCGUCGUCGGUGGACCGGCCAUCAAACCCAGGUGCCGUACCCGGCGACGCCCACUCGGACAAAGAGCCAUUUGCGCACCAGCUCCGCACGCGGGUGCGCUCCGGCAGCAACUCCAACAGUGACAUCCUUGUCACCGCCAUGGCGGCACGCCUCAAGGACCUGGAGUCGCAGCACAAAGCGUAUCAAGCGGAGCUGAAAGAGCUGCAUGCCAAGUACCGCCAACUCAACGACAAGUAUCAGCGAGAACGUCAGCUCCGUGAGGAGGCAGAGACGGCGGUGUUGACUCUCUACGACGAGAAAGAACUCCUAGAGGCGGAGCUGCGGGAGAUGGAGGCGGCACACGCAUGCGCAUCCAGCGCUAAAAGCAAUCACCCACUGUCACCGCACAACCGCGCGGAGAAGUUCACUCAGGACACCCGAGCCUCACCGUCGCACUCACCGCCAACACCCUCACGCGCCGUAAAGGCUGAUCUUUUCAGCGGUGACUUCACAGACGGCAGCACCAACGACGGCGCCAAGGCGACGGAGAAGGAGGGACCGACGCACUUUGUGAAUACGGCGCGACCCGACACCGUUCAGAAGGCCGGUGGUUUGCCGAGUAACCGCCAAGCCGCCUCCGCCGUCGCCGGCUCAUCUGCGCAGCCACCAUGUCGUCAGUACUCUGUCAGCUCCAUGGACAUGGAGCUGCUCACCAAGAAUGCGCGCAUUCUAUCCGAUUACGUCGGCUGGAAGGGCGUUUUCAAGCAGGGAAACCAGGCCGGCAUCCGCGAGCGCGAUGUUGUGCGCGUCGUCGUUUACAAGAACGGCAUUUGUGUGAAUCAAGGGCCCUUCCGCCCGUACGGCUGGGCGCUGUGCGACGCCUUCCUGGAUGAUCUCAUCGAGGGCUUUUACCCGUACGAAUUCAAGGAAAAGUACCCAGACGGUUUUCCAAUCGAGGUGGUGGACCGCACCGGCGAGACGUGUGAAACAGAUCGUACUGGCGCCGUACAUGGUAAGGAGGCCGCUUCCCAGGCGAAUGCAGGACCGCUCUUCCCAAAUGAAGGUGGCCGGCGACUUGGUGCGGCUCCGCAGAACCCCGGCAGAAACCCGGUACGAGUCCACACGCUAGGCGAGACGAAGAACAUCGGUUACACUCCUAUCCGUGUAGAGGAAUUCCUGAAGAAGAUUCCGGCACAAAAAGUGACCGCGAGCGGUCAGCUGCUCUCCGUGCGCGACGGGGUGGCGGCGUUUAUGGGAGUGGGGGCAACCGGCGCAUCCAACACGUCGGCCCCCCGAGCUUUGGGAACAAUCAAGCAUGUCAGCGCUGCCGAGGCUGCGUAUCGUCGAAGAGUGGCGCAGCAGCAGCAAUCUGCUUCGUCUGUGACGGGGGCUUCCGGCGCGGUCAGUUCAAUGUUCGUGGGCAACCUCAUUGCCGUUCUCAUACGCCUCCCCGAUGGACAGAAGAUCACGCUGCACAUGGCGCCAGAAGACACGGUGGCCUCCUUGCGCAAAGAGUUCGCCGCCGCCGCGCCAAGCUUCCGGGAAGUCCGAUACGAGCUGUGCCAGGCCUUUCCACUGAAGCAAGAGUGGAAUGAGCACCAGCGCACGUUUGCAAGCCUUGGCGUGGAGAAGAGCUGCACGCUCAUGGUGAAGCUGAUCAAGCAGGCGUGA